AUGUGGACUUCUGGCUUCACAAAUGUCACAGAGGCCGGGGCUGGCGGGGGGCUGGUGGGGGGUGUGGGAGGGGCGCUGAGUGACUGUGGGGGCUGUACAGGAACACGGGCCGUAGGCCCCGGGGCUUUUCUCGUGGCCCCUCAGCCCAGUGCCCCCAUUGUCCGAGGCUUCGCUGAUACUAUCUGUGGAGCUGUGAAGAAGAAAGCAGGGAUAUAUACACAGAUUCGGCAAGAAUUGCAGUCUAUGGAAAUGCAGGAUCUCGCCAGUCCUCACAGUCGAAUCAGUGGAAGCAGUGAAUCUCCCAACGGUCCCGGCCUCGACAACUCGCACAUCUCGCACAUUAACAACAAUUCCAUGACACCCAAUGGCACUGAAGGAGAUAACAUCACAAUGCUUACCACUGCAGACUGGUUGUUAGGGUCUAACUCACAGUCCGCUGCAGUUAAAAGCGAGCCAAUGAGCAGCGGUGACAUAAUCUCCUCAGUAGCAGACACUUCUCUGGACAGCUUCUCAGGAUCAGUUAUUGGAAGCAGUGGCUUCAGCCCAAGACAAACUCACCAGUUCUCGCCGCAGAUUUAUCCAUCCAACAGAACAUAUCCGCACAUUCUCCCUACCCCCUCAUCUCAAAACAUGGCGGCGUAUGGGCAGACGCAGUACACCACAGGAAUGCAGCAGGCAACAGCUUAUGCUAGCUAUCCUCAGCCGGGACAGUACGGCAUCCCAGCUUAUGGUCCAUUGUGGGCAGGCAUAAAGACCGAGGGAGGUCUGAGCCAGUCCCAAUCACCAGGACAGACUGGAUUCCUCAGCUACAGCUCCGGCUUCACUACGCCUCAGCCGGGGCAGGCCCCCUACAGCUACCAGAUGCAGGGUGGUAGUUUUACAACGACUGCAGGACUAUAUGCUGGAAACAACUCCUUGACGAACUCGACUGGCUUCAAUAGUACGCAACAGGACUACCCCGGUUACCCUGCCUUCGGCCAGGGCCAGUACGCACAGUAUUACAACAGCUCGCCGUACACGUCGCCGUACAUGACCAGUAACAACACCAGCCCCAGCACGCCCUCCACCACCACCACCACCUACACGCUGCAGGAGCCCCCCAGCGCCAUCACCAGCCAGGCGCUCACAGAGAACCCCGCGGCAGAGUACAGUACCAUCCACAGUCCAUCAACCCCCAUUAAAGAUUCAGAUUCGGAUCGAUUGCGCCGGGCUUCGGAUGGAAAGUCACGUGGCCGAGGAAGGAGGAACAACCCAUCACCGCCGCCCGACUCCGACCUUGAGCGGGUUUUCAUCUGGGACCUGGAUGAGACGAUCAUCGUUUUCCAUUCCUUGCUCACGGGUUCCUAUGCCAACCGAUUUGGACGGGAUCCUCCAACGUCUGUGUCCCUGGGGCUGAGGAUGGAGGAGAUGAUCUUUAACUUGGCCGACACGCACUUAUUUUUCAACGAUUUAGAGGAAUGUGACCAGGUCCAUAUCGACGACGUUUCCUCCGAUGACAACGGACAAGAUCUGAGUACGUACAACUUUAGCGCUGAUGGCUUCCAAGCAGCUGCUACCAGUGCCAACUUGUGUCUGGCCACAGGGGUCCGAGGAGGAGUGGACUGGAUGAGAAAGCUGGCCUUCCGGUACAGACGAGUAAAAGAAAUCUACACCACCUACAAAAAUAACGUCGGAGGUCUGCUGGGCCCGGCCAAGAGGGAAGCCUGGUUGCAAUUGCGAGCAGAAAUUGAAGCCUUGACGGACUCCUGGUUAACACUGGCACUGAAAGCACUAACAUUAAUCCACUCAAGGUCAAACUGUGUCAACAUCUUAGUGACCACCACACAACUCAUCCCUGCUUUGGCCAAGGUCCUGCUGUACGGCCUGGGCAUAGUGUUUCCUAUCGAGAAUAUUUAUAGCGCAACCAAAAUAGGGAAAGAGAGCUGCUUCGAGAGAGUCAUCCAGCGGUUUGGGAGAAAAGUUGUUUACAUUGUUGUCGGGGACGGUGUGGAAGAGGAGCAAGGCUCAAAAAAGCACAACAUGCCGUUCUGGAGGAUCUCCAGUCACUCAGACCUCAUGGCCCUGCACCACGCCUUGGACCUGGAGUAUUUGUAG